AUGGAAGCACGAUUGGAAGCUUUGACUAGCGAAUAUCAAAAAAUUCAGAAAGAUUUGUCAAAUGCUAUAGAGUCUAGGCAACGUUUAGAUUCUCAAUUACAAGAAAAUGAGGUUGUUCAAAAGGAAUUUAAAUUGUUAAAGGAUGAUGCGAAUAUUUAUAAAUUAAUUGGGCCUGUAUUAGUGAAACAAGAUAAAGUCGAAGCUACUACGAAUGUUGAUAAGCGAUUAGAAUACAUUAAAUCAGAAAUUCAACGCGUUGAAAAACAACUUACAGAUUUAAACGAGAAAUCAGAGAAAAAGAAAUUGGAGGUUAUUGAACUUCAAAAAGCUUAUCAAGAUCAAAUUCAAAAAACUUCAGCAAGUAGCUAG